GGCGGCCCUGCUUUCUUAGCCUCCCAACCUGACGGCCCUGGCUGUUGGGCGCCAUGCGGCGGCCGGCAGAUAUCGAGCGCGAUAUCAAGGCCGCCAGGGAGCAGCUGCUGCUGGGCAACUACCAGAACUCCAUGGAGCGCUACGAGGCGGUCCUCGCAGUGCCGGCGGAGGUGGUGGCCAGUGGCCUGCCGGCGGCGGAGCGGAAGCAAGCGGCCGAGAUGUUCGAGAGGCUGCAGCGGCAGUUGAAGGUCGAGGCGGACUUGCUCACGCGAAUCCAAGAUGAGUGGACCUCCUUGGGGCCCUUCGGCGCCGCCGCUCAGAAUGCGGGGCCUGGAGGCAAGGUGAACAUGCUCGACGACUUCGCGAGCAUGGCGGCCGCCAAGCCGGUGCGAAGAGAGGAGGAGGUUGUGAAGCCUGCUGCCGUCUGGGACGGCGUGAUUGCUCCGCCCUCUCCACGCGAUCGAGGGCGAGAGUUCCAGAAACCCGCGGCGCGGCCCCGGGUCGGGUCAGGCGCCGCGGGCGGGCAGCCGGGCUUCGGGGAGCUGCCGGGCUGGGCCCAGGGCCGCGAUCCGCCGCGGCGGGAGCUGCCACGAAGAUCGCCGGGCAGGCAGGAGGAGCGCUCCGCCGGCCCUGCGAGGCGGCAAGUGGCCGCCCGGGAGGCUCGAGAGGCUCCAGCGGCUGAGCAGCGUGGUGGGGGCAGCGGCCGGAACUACAAGAAGCCCUGGAUGGACAAUGUGCCGGACAAGAAGGGCAAGGAGGAGAAGGGCAAGGGCGUAGAGGCGGGCUCCUUCUUGGAGCACGUCUAUGGCUCCAGCGGCUCAGGGCCCGACGCUGAGCUGAUUCAGAAUCUGGAGAGAGACUGUGUGGAUCGCUGCCCCUCGGUCACGUGGGAGUCCAUCGCCGGCCUGGAGCAGGCCAAGUCCUUGUUGGAAGAGGCUGUGGUGCUGCCUCUCGUGAUGCCUGAGUACUUCCAGGGCAUCCGCAGACCCUGGAAGGGUGUUUUGAUGUUUGGACCUCCCGGCACCGGCAAGACCAUGCUGGCAAAGGCGGUGGCCACGCAGUGCUCCACGAGUUUCUUCAACGUCUCAGCCUCCACCAUGGCCAGCAAGUACCGGGGUGACUCGGAGAAGUUGGUGCGGCUACUCUUCGAGAUGGCGCGAUUUUAUGCGCCGACGACCAUCUUCUUCGACGAGGUAGAUGCGCUGGGCAGCAAGCGCGGGGACGCCAGCGAGCACGAGGCCUCCCGUCGCGUGAAGGCAGAGCUGUUAGUCCAGAUGGAUGGCGUGGGCACCACGCAGGAGGAUGGCAGCGAGGCCCCGGCCCAACGCCAGGUGAUGGUCCUGGCUGCCACGAACCGCCCCUGGGACCUCGACGAAGCCCUCAGAAGGCGCCUGGAGAAGCGUAUCUACAUCCCGCUGCCCGAGGCGGAAGGCCGCAAGCAGCUCUUUGAGAUCAACCUCCGGGAGGUGAAGAAGGGCACCGACGUGGCGGUGCAGGGUCUGGUCGACAAGACCAAGGGCUACAGCGGCGCGGAUGUGACCAACGUGUGCCGCGAGGCGGCCAUGAUGGGCUUGCGGCGGCGCAUGGCCAAGGCGCGACAGGAGGGCAAGAGCUUGGUGGAGAUGCACAACCUCAAGCAGGAGGUGGACGUGCCGGUGACCCAGGCGGACUUUCUGGAGGCCAUCAGCAACGUGAACCGCUCCGUGGGCAACGACGACCUGCAGCGCUUCUCCGACUGGAUGAAGGAGUUCGGCAGCAUCUGAGCGAGCGAUUUUCGAAAGACCGGACAAUGGACAGGGCUCCUUGAAAGAUCUCCGUUUUA